CGGGUUCACUGCGGUCCACACGUCUCUCCUCAACAUGCCCACUGGAUUAAUGUCGACCUUGUCUGCAUUUAUCUUUUCUUGGUUGGCCGCGCGCUGGAUAGACCGUCGAUGUCUUGUCACUAUGAUUGCAUCUUGCUUGCCCAUUGUUGGCUCGGUACUGGUGUACUCGCUUCCAAAAAGCAACGUUGGGGGGCAGAUGGUCGGAAUAUAUCUACUGUACACCUAUUUCGGUCCAUAUGUCGUUGGUAUCUCGAUGGCACAAGCGAAUACGGCAGGGCACACGAAAAAGACCGUUCAGUAUUCAAUCCUGUAUAUUGGAUAUGCCACUGGAAACCUGAUCGGGCCUCAAACGUUCCGUGCCAGUCAGGCACCUACCUACACGGGCGGGUUUAUCGCCAUGUUGGUCAGCUACUGUAUAUGCGUUGCAUUGAUGGCGUCAUACUGGGUGCUAGUUGUGCAACUUAAUCGGCGACUCCUCGACGUCGAUCCGGAGACGGAAGCGGAUGGGAACGAUUUGGCGGAGGUGUUUGCUGACCAAACCGAUUUUCAGCAAAAGACCAGCACUGUCGCUGAUCGGGUGGCGCUCAGUGAGGGUGGUAUCGCUAUAUCCUUUGAGAUGUCAUUGUAG